AAAAAAAAUAUAUUUAAGUGAUUUUAUAGAAUAAAAUUAAAAAUAAAAACUAAAAAUGGCUUACACUUGGGAAAAUCGUGUUGACUUUGUUGUUCGAUACAUGUAUGACAUCGAUAACAAUGGUUAUCUUGACCAGAAGGACUUCGAAUGCAUGGCUGUGCGGGCGUGUGUCAUCGAGGGCAAAGGUGAUUGCAAUGCCAACCGCUUGGCCGAAUACCAACAUAUCAUGAAGAACCUGUGGGAGGAAAUAUCCGACCUGGCAGAUUUUGACAAGGAUGGAAAAAUCUCAACUGCAGAAUUCAAAGAUGCUGUCCAGAAAACUUGCAUGGGAAAGAAGUAUGACGAAUUUCCACAGGCAAUGAAAGCAUUUAUUGAAGCCAACUUCAAGAUGCUUGACAUCAACAGUGAUGGCAUUAUUGGUAUUGAAGAAUACCGUUACAACUGCAUUACAAGAAUAGCUGUUGAUGAUGUGGCACCAAUUGAUAAAGCAUUCGAAAGCCUUUUAAGUGACGAUGACCGUAAACGUGGAGGACUAACUAUUGCCCGAUACCAAGAACUUUAUAGCCAGUUUUUGGGUAAUCCCGGAGCUGAUCAUCCAGCUGUUUACCUAUUCGGGCCUUUAUAAAAUGCUUAAUUAAAAUUAUAUAAAAAAAAAAUUAAAUGUCUUCACUGUUGGACAACAAUUUAUCAUAAGAAAUUUAUGUAAAAUUAAUGAAAUAAAAAAAUCGAUGAAAAUAAUAAAAUAUGACUGUUGUUAGGUUCCAAGUAAUAAAAUUAUUUAAACAAAAAAAAAAAUAUUUAUAUUAAAAAAAAAGAAAAACAAAUUUAUAUGCCUAUGGUUUAUUUAAAAUCAACGAAUAAGUUAACGAAAUUACAUUUUAAUUAAAUUAUGUACCGCACUUUGUUUUAUUUUUUGUUUGUUUUAUUAAUAAAUAAAUUAAAAUUUUGAAAAUAAAAAAUUGUAUUGUUUUUGUUUUAGUAGAUUUUCAUUUGUUAAAAUUAAAAUAUAAAACAAUAAAUAAUAUUCGUAUUGUCAUGUCUGUGAAAAUGUUGUAUGGUAUUCCAAUAAUCAUAAUGUAGGUAAACAUAAUACAAUUCUUGCGUUACAUUUUAUUUAAAAAUAUCUAAGCUAUUAAAGCACGUUACAAUUUUUUUUUAAUUAGUUAUUAGUCAAAUAACGAAUUUUUUUUUUUUGCUAAAAUGAUAGUUCUACAAAAACUGUAUGCAAAAGAAAUAACGACCAAAAACAUUUAUUAAAAAAAAAAAAACAAAACAAAUAAGUUUGAUGUUCCUUUGUAAAGUUAGAAUAUAAAAAUAAAUUAGUUCAUUUAUUAAUUAACCAAGCUUUAAUUUCAAUUUGCACCAAAACAAAUAUAUAAUGACCAGAAAUAUUAAAAUGAAAUGUAUUGUAAUAUUU